CACACCGUUGCGGCGCGGCACCACCUGAACCCGACCACCGCCCACACCAUGUUGUCCCGAUUGCCGGCGACGGUGAGCCUUCUUCGCCGGUCGCUCCGAGAACCGCGCGGCUUCAGCUCCUCUGUGCUGGCUUCAUCUAAGGAAACGGCCGACGGAAAGCUGGUGGCGUCGGUGCUUUUCGAGCGCCUCCCCGUUGUCAUCCCCAAGAUCCACCCCGUUGUCUACGCUUUCCAAGAAUUCUCAUUUCGGUGGAGGCAGCAGUACAGACGGCAAUACCCCGAGGAGGUCCUCGGCAAGGCCGACGCGAGGGGUAAGGGUGAUUAUCAUAUUGAUUAUGUGCCUGCUCCAAGAAUUACCGAGGCUGACAAAACAAAUGACCGGAAGUCUUUACAACGAGCUCUUGAUAAUAAACUUUAUCUCCUGCUGUAUGGCAAUGCUUAUGGGGCUCCUGAUGGAAAGCCUGUAUGGCAUUUUCCAGAAAAAGUAUACGAAAAUGAAGAAACUAUGCGACUGUGUGCAGAGGCUGCAUUAAAAUCUGUUCUUGGGGGACUUGACCAUACAUACUUUGUUGGCAAUGCUCCAAUGGCUCAUAUGGCAGUUGAACAAACAGAUUCAAGUGUUUCAUCAUUCAAGCGUUUCUUUUUCAAGUCACAAGUGGUUGGCACAACGAAAUACCAUGUUGGAAAAUGCAAUGACUUCGCGUGGGUGACCAAGGAUGAGCUGCUGGAGUAUUUUCCUGAGAACAAGGAUUUCUUCAACAAGAUGAUCAUCCACAUUAGAUAAGAUAGCUCUGUAAUCAGGCUAUGGGCUAUCUGAACAAUUAGCAUUUUGUUUCUUGACUGGCGUACAAGUGCAGUGCCACUGUUCUGUCGUCACGAGCAGCAUUGCCGAGGAACCACCAGGGCGGCGGGCAAUUGACACAUGCCCAUUUUGCCUCUUUUUUCUUGGGCUGGUUAUGUUGUGUUUGGCAGUGACAUUUCUGUAGCAUGUUGUCCUCUCUUACCUGCUGUAUGUUCACGUAUUAUCAGUUUGUUGUACACCAUGGGGAAGAAUAAUAAUUAGCAGGGCGA